AAUUGCCAAAUAAAAUCCAAGAGAGAAAGAGUUCAUACUGAGUUUGGGAUGAACUGUAAUUGAUCUAAUACUUAAACCCUGAGCAGCAGAAGUCAUGGUAGUAAAGAAAGUAGUGAUUGUUCCAGGUAACGGUGCAGGUGAUGUUCAACACUGCAACUGGUAUAGAUGGGCCAACAAACAGAUUAAUAAGAUUCCGGGUGUGUGCUGUCAGCUGAAGAACAUGCCAGAUCCAGUGACGGCCAGAGAAAGCAUAUGGCUGCCUUUCAUGGAACAGGACCUGCAAUGUGAUGAAGAGACUGUGAUUAUUGGCCACAGCUCUGGAGCUGCUGCUGCAAUGAGGUAUAGUGAGACACACCAGGUAUUCGGCAUAAUCCUAGUGGGUGCCUACACUUCAGACCUGGGGGAUGAGAAUGAAAAAGAAAGUGGGUAUUUCAAUCGUCCAUGGCAGUGGGAGAAGAUCAGAGAAAAUGUGAAGAACAUUGUUCAGUUUGGCUCCACAGAUGACCCGUUCCUACCAUGGGAUGAGCAGCAAGAAGUAGCAGAUGGACUAAAGGCAGAACUGCACAAAUACACAGAUCGGGGACAUUUCCAGAAUACACACUUCCCAGAGCUGAUCAGUGCUGUUGGAAAACUGAUAAAGGCUGUAUAAGUAGCUGUAGAAUAGCCCUUCUUUUCCCUGAGAGAACUGAAAUUGGUUCCAAUGGACCAAUUUUUAUUAAAAAAAAAAAGCAGUAAUUAUAA